CAUUAUCAGCGUAGAGGAUGAAUAGCAUGCUGCGACUCGCGCUUAUUGCGGCCCUCAUCUCCGUCUUCUUUCCGAGCACAACAAGCUUCCAGAUCGGUAGUAGCCAGAAAGUAGUGUGGGCAAGCAACUGCGACUUCCCUGGUAACGACUACCGCUCGUAUAGCAGCAUCUCCGAGGUGUGUGGGGAUGUUUGUGCCAGCGAAGCGGUCUGCACACAUUGGGCGUGGAGUGAAUACAACGGCGGAACCUGCUGGCUCAAGAAGGGCAUGCCCUCCUCCAAGGCGACGAGUUACGAUACUAUCUGCGGCUAUGUGGUUUCUCGCACCUUGACACCUGCUACUACUAGCGGUAUUUCUACUACCGACAUGGAAGAAAUGUUGGCGCAAACCAACUCGUAUCGUGCUCAGAAUGAACUUGCAGUAUUGACCGUGGACCAUCGUUUAGUCGUAGCAGCCUUGCUGCAUUCGCAGGACCAGGCGAGUCACUGCAACAUGACCCACACAGGUACAAAUAUUAAGAAAUUGGGGGAUCGAGUAAAAGCACAAGGAUACCGAUACUCCGUUGCCGCAGAGAAUGUGGCUGCAGGUCAAACCACAAUUGAAGACGUUAUGACUUCAUGGUGGAACUCUCCUGACCAUCAAGCCAAUAUCCUUAACGAAAAAGUUGAGAACGUCGGUUUUGCUGUGGCCACAAAUGAAGCUUGCAGCGACUAUAAGACCUACUGGACACAGGAUUUCGGACGAUUGGCGGGGUAA